AUGCGUGUGUGUUUCGAUAACCUUUGCUUUGGAUCGUCACAGCGAACAGCUGGUGACGAUGAGGCGAGAGCCGUAGUGAAUACAGGAGGAGGAGCGCUUACGGUGGCGCCUACAGUUAACGGCGAUCGACGUGCCUUAGACGAAACGUAUCGAGAAAAUUUAAAUGGUAUAAUGGGGACUCCAAGCGCGAUGAAUUCUGAUUCGGAGAAUUGUGUUGCUAACGCAGCUGUGAACAGCGAUAUGCAACCACUCGUAGAGAGAAUUAGAGAGUUGGAGGCGUUGCUGAAGCAACGUGAUCAGGAGAUGUUAGAGUUACGCUCGCAGCUGGAUAAGUUGCAAAGCGUAUUUCCCUACCAACAGUACGCAAGGUCCAGAGGCCCUCGGAAACAGAGAGCCCAAGGUAUCUCAGCUGAACCACAAAAUAGCUCGUCUUUACAGGAUCUGGCUCACCAGACAUUCCCAGUCUACGACAAGAGCGAAGCG